AUGUGUGGUUGUGUUCAAAUGUGGAUAAUUAAAGUACGUUUCGAUUAUUCUGUGGAAAUUAGAUUUUUAUAAAACAAAAAGAUGACUCUAAAUGGAAUAACUUGUGAAUUAGAGUAGAAUCUAAAGAAAUUACCAACUACGUUUUUGUUCGUAAUUCUAUCAUGGUAGAAAAGAUUUCUAACGCGCGAAACGUACAAUCGUAUACAAAGAAGAAGAAUUGUGUUCCAAAAUGUUCUAGCGAAUGUAAAGCAAAAAUAGUCAAAAAAGUCUCCACUGUGACUAUAUUUAUGAUGGUAGCAUAG